AUGGCAUCACUUGUACCAGUGAAGGACAAGAAACUUCUGGAAGUCAAACUAGGGGAGCUGCCAAGCUGGAUUUUGAUGCAAGACUUCAGCCCUCGUGGCAUUACCAAAGUGUUUCGAAGAGGUUACUUCCAGUACUGCAGCAAGUACAGCAACAUGAAGAAGGGGAGCCUCUCAGGGGUUACCAUGGUGCUGGCAGGCUAUGUGCUCUUCAGCUACUCCUCUUCCUACAUGAAGCUCAAGCACGAGCGGCUAUGCAUGUACCACUGA